AGUCAAUUAAGGCCAAAGACUCGAGCGGUGAGCAGGCUGUCCAUAUCCUAUCCCAUACCAUCCUAUCUGAUAUAUACCAAACAAGCAAACCAAGUGCGAAAAAUAAUAUUAGUAAAUGAUUUCUCUAGUGAAACAACAAACCAAAUCUAAUUAAAAACAAUCGAUCAAUGGAUUAAGAAAGGCUCGGGCCAACAGAUUAGCUAGUGUUAUUGUGGUUAGUGCCUUGUGCUUUAAGGAUAGAGAUCUAUAACUGGAAAAUGGAGCACGAUAGCUUCGAUGAUCCCAUUUUCGGGGAGUUUGGCGGCGGUCCUUUAAACCCAUUGGGCGCCAAACCUUUAAUGCCCACCUCAACGGCCAUGCAUCCCGUGAUGCUGGGCAGUGUCCACGAAUUGUGCAGCCAACAGCAGCAGCAACAGCAACGACUGCCCGAUUGCAACACCAUCCUGCCAAAUGGAGGAGGAGGAUCAUCCGCAGCCGGAGGAUCACCCAACUAUGGGACCAAGCUGGAUUUUGUGAACAAGAUCGGUUGCUACUCACCCAGCCAAAAGUACGAGUAUAUAAGUGCCCCUCAAAAGCUGGUGGAGCAGCAGCAGCAUCACCAGCACCAUCAACACUACACGGCCACGCCUCCGCCCAGUCACAAUGGCAUCCUGCUGCACAAGCAAUCCUCGCAGCAGCAGCAGCAGCAGCAACAACUGGUGAGCAUCCUGGACUAUCACCCACUCAACGGCAAGCUAGACUACUCCUCGUCGCCCAAGGAUCAGUACGAACCGCAGCAGCAGCAGCAACAGCAAUUGCAGCAUCUCUACGGUGGGAGUCCGCAUCAUUUGGAUCAUCUGGAUCAUGGCAGCGAUGGUCUGCUGCAGGACUCCUCGCCAGUGAUGAUCAAUGGAGGAUCCUCUGGAGGCAAGCUCAAGAAACCCGAUGAGAUGUGCUCGCAAAUGGAGGCGGGUGGCGCUGGAGUUACUCCUCCCACCCCCACGGUGGUCAAUGGUGUGGCAGGAGGUGCCACCAAUGGCACAGCCAACAACUCGUCCUCCUCCUCUUCGGUUGGCGGUCAGGGGGCGGCGGUCGCGGCGGGAGGCGUGGCUGCUCCUGCUCCCAAAAAGGACGGCAACAGCAGCAAGAAGAAGGGCGAUCCCAAUGGCAUUAAGAAGAAGAAAACGAGAACCACCUUUACGGCUUACCAAUUGGAGGAGUUGGAGCGCGCCUUCGAACGUGCCCCGUAUCCCGACGUGUUCGCCCGCGAGGAGCUGGCCAUCAAGCUGAAUCUCAGCGAGUCCCGGGUGCAGGUGUGGUUCCAGAACCGACGGGCCAAGUGGCGCAAGCACGAGCCGCCCCGCAAGACGGGCUACAUCAAGACGAGCACUCCGCCGACGGCGACGCUCAAUCCCGGAACGCUAGCACCACCGUUCACCAGCUACCCGCAGACGACGACGGUCACGCCGCCGGGCAGCAUGGACAGCUGGACCAGCUAUCAGACGCCCUACGAGCUGACGCCCCAGUUCAGCCUGCUCUCGCCGGCGGCCAGUCCGUACGGCACCUAUUCCGGCCAGUAUGGUGCCUAUGUCCACGAAAGCCAGCUCUUUCCGAUGCGCCACUACGAGUACGGUAGUCCCACACGCAUGGAAAUGGGAGCCACAUCCGGUUCGGUGGCUGGCAACGGCGAGGAGGCGGUGGCCAAUGGCGGUAGCUAUCAGCCUGCGGAGCUGCAGACGGCCCAGCAGCAGCAGUUGUCCGACGGCACGCUGGUCACCGUCCAUGCCCACCAGCAGCAACAGCAGGCGCAGCAGCAGCAGCAACAACUCAAUGGCAAGUACCUGAGCGCCGAGGAGGCCAAAUACGUGCAUCUCCAGUGCCAUCAAAGUGGAGCCGGCCUGGAGCUGAGUCCCGGCGCCAGCUGUCACCUGGUGGAGGCACAGGGGCAGCACUACGUGACCACGGCAACGGGAGGAGCUGCAUCCGGCGGGGGCACCAGCAGUGAUGACAACGAUAGCGGCGGCAUGCAGACUGUGAUCAAGAGCGAGGAGGCUGCCCAGCAACAGCAGCAGGCACACAGCUACGUCCUGCCGCCUUUUUUGCACUGAGAGAAAUGCUCACACACCGGCGACAGCAGCAACAUCAGCGACGCUGGGCCACGCCCUCAAGCAUGCCGGGCUCGCGCUUCCGGCGGCCAUUUUAACAAAGGGGCGUGGGUUGUGCAGCAUUUCCAACUGUGCUUCUCCGACUGAAAGUGGGGCUCCAGAAGAGCACAGAGGCCUCAAAAUUAGUAGAAUUCCACAUCAGCUGUUUACUUAAAUGUAGUCGUUUCCAAAAAGAUUCCUAUAAAAGAAAAAAGGAACAGAUUUUUAAAAACAAUUUAGAUGAAGACAAUUUUAGAACUUCUAAGCAUUAGAAUCGCCUAACUUCAAAGACUUUGGAGUUUCUCUGGCCAGUCCCACUCAGUCUCUGGCCACUAUUUUCAUAUUGCCAUAGGUUCCUUUUAGGUUUAAUUCAGCAAGUUGCAACAACAACAGAAUCAACAAGUCUUGCCAAAACUUAACACGGUUUUUGUUCAGUCUAAGCCUAGGUUAAUCAAGGGUCAGGGGCUCAGAAAUGUCAGCCCCACCCCCAGAAUGCAUUCCAAAUGUGCCUUACCAAAUGGAUGACGAGUGGAUUCCCAGCUAGGAGCCUCGUCAUUCAACAAAUUUAGUUAUAGCUACCCCUAAGCCUAAAUUAAACCCCAUUUACUGUUGUGUAGU